UCCCCAAGUCUCUGGUGUCUGAUUUAAUUUGCCUGACGCUGCUCCUGGAAUCAGCCCUCCCCCAACCCCUCCCGUCCACAGCCUUCCAGCUCCCCAUGGGGAGAUCAGUCCUGGGAGAGGCUGAGGAGCAGAGAGGGAGCAAGGGACUUGCUGGGUGGACGAACGGGACUGACUGGAGACUGCAGAGGUACAAGGAGCUUCUGGGCAGCGAGGAGCCAUUCUCGGCAAGGGAAGCAGGCUGUGAGGGUCCCAUCCAGAGGGAACUGCAACCCACCUUGCUCCACAGGUCCCGAACCAAGGCUGCCCCACGUGGAGGAGCCACUCCUAGGUCAGAAAGAUGGGGGAAAUGGAACAGAUGAAGCAGGAGGCUGAGCAGCUGAAGAAGCAGAUUGCGGAUGCCCGGAAAGCCUGUGCAGACACAACGCUUGCUCAGAUUGUGUCUGGAGUGGACCCUGUUGGACAAAUCCAGAUGCGGACCCGAAGGACCCUGCGGGGACACCUGGCCAAGAUCUACGCCUUGCACUGGUCCACAGACUCCAAACUCAUGGUCAGUGCCUCACAAGAUGGGAAACUGAUCGUGUGGGACACAUACACAACUAACAAGGUUCAUGCCAUCCCUCUUCGUUCCUCCUGGGUCAUGACCUGUGCCUAUGCCCCCUCUGGCAAUUUUGUGGCCUGUGGAGGCCUUGACAACAUGUGCUCCAUCUACAGCCUCAAGUCUCGUGAAGGCAACGUCAAAGUGAGCAGGGAGCUCUCAGCCCAUACAGGAUACCUCUCCUGUUGCCGAUUUCUUGAUGACAACAAUAUUGUGACUAGCUCUGGAGAUACCACAUGCGCGCUCUGGGACAUUGAGACGGGGCAGCAGAAGACUGUGUUCAUUGGUCACACUGGAGACUGCAUGAGCUUGGCCGUCUCCCCUGACUUCAAACUCUUCAUCUCUGGGGCUUGUGAUGCUACUGCCAAACUGUGGGAUGUGCGGGAGGGCUCCUGCCGUCAGACCUUCUCAGGGCAUGAGUCUGACAUCAACGCCAUCUCCUUCUUCCCUAACGGAGAAGCCAUCUGCACCGGCUCUGACGAUGCCACCUGCCGCCUCUUUGACCUGCGGGCGGACCAGGAGCUCAUCACGUACUCCCACGAGACCAUCAUCUGCGGAAUCACCUCCAUCGCCCUCUCCCGCAGUGGGCGGCUCUUGUUUGCUGGGUAUGAUGACUUCAACUGCAACAUCUGGGACUCCCUAAAAGGAGAGCGUGUGGGAAUCCUUUCUGGCCACGACAACAGAGUGAGCUGCCUGGGCGUGACGGCGGACGGCAUGGCUGUUGCCACUGGCUCCUGGGACAGCUUCCUCAAGAUUUGGAACUGAGCACGCCAGCAGAGAGGGGAAGAGCAGCAGAAGCACAGCCCACAGCCCGAGCCCAUGCAAACAGCAUCAUCAGAUGAGCACAACACCUACCUACCACUCCCACUUGUCUCUAGACACAGGUCACUUGUAGGAGUCUCAGAGUGAAAGGGAAAGGAGAUCAGGGAGGAGAAGCAGGGGGAGCUGGGGAGGAGGAGCACACACACUGGCCCUUCUCUCCACCUCUAAACAGCCCUGGCAGUUUCCAGCCUUGUGCAGGCUUGAAGACCUGGUCUUUAUGUCUCAGGACUUAACAGUACAAUUCACACACCCUGCACCUUCCUUCAGACACCUCUACCCACACUGAUACUCAUCCUCCUCCUUCAGAGGACCCCUCAUGCAACACUCAGAUCCUUCCCUGAUUUAACUCUACGUAACGCCUCUGUGCAGCUGUCCUAGAUCCGUGCAGACAGCCCCAGAGACACACUGAGUUUGAGAUUUCUAUGGCACCAGCUCAAAGAAAAAGCUAGUGUAAAUUCGGCUCAGUUCCAUGGGGGAACACUUAGCUCGGGUCUUAUCUAUGCAUAAAGGGGGGAAAGGCAGCCGUCAGACCUGCCAGAAUACUAGGCAACAUAUUUAUUCUUUUCUUAGUUCAAGUUCUUAUCUAUGCAUAAAUGGCAGAAAGGUAGCCCUCCAGACCUGCCAGGAUAUCAGGGACUAUUAUAUUUAUUCUUAUUUAUUGUCUGCUUCUUGCUGUUCCUUCCCUCUUUGCCUCACUCCUGCAUUGUGUGAUGACCCUAUCUCUCCAGUAGCCAUCAGCCCAUGUUUUCAAGUCUGUUUAGAUCUUCAUAGCCCAGGCAAAUAAAGAAAGCUCACAGAA